UGACAGGAAGACGGGAAUCCAAUUCUCUCUUUCGAUACCGCAUAGACCUCUCAACCCUCCCCGCCUCUUCUGGGUUUCCGACAAACAACAAUACCCUAAUGUAGUUACGAGGGAAAAAAUAUAUAUUAAAUAGUCCCAUUUACGACGACGCUACAAAUAAUAUACCUUAACAGCGUCCCGAGCGGACUGUCUCAGCAAGGCGACUGCGCACCUUAGUAACUAGACGCCGGGAAAUGGCAUUGUUGAUAUCCCGGCUGAAUACUAGCUAAUAUUUUAUCGUCUUUAAACAAUUUCCAAAGAGCAGCGAUUUUGGGUGAGUAAUUUACGUUAUCCCAUUUGACUUUGUCGUGGCCGAUCAAUAAUAGCAAAGAAACUUACGAUAUAUUACGGUCAUAAAAAUUUAUUAAUCAUAACUUCAUAUUAUCAUAGAGGGGAGCGGGAUGCAACAGGUAGCGUGUACAGUAGAGGAGCGGUCUAAGUUAUUGAGCGGAGUUCGCCGACCCUUUUGUGAAAUUAUGCGUGGUAUUUUACCUCCGAUAACAACGCUAGUUUUAUUUUGACAUACAGGCUGACUUGAUGUAUUUCAUUUGUGUUUAUUUUAAUAAAUUGUCAUUUGUUUAAAAAAAAAAAAUCGGAGUUACUACGAACAAGCGAUGCCUAUCUAUAAGAAAUUUAGCGUAUAUCGAUGAUUAUGAUAAAUAACUGCGAUGGCAGUGAAGGAAUUUUAAAUACAUUCAGAUGGGAAACUUCCAAAAAAAGAAAAUUGCCCUUAUGCAUAUCUGUCAACGUUCAGCUUAAACUACCCUCAGUACGACAGUUGUUAUAUUCAUCCAUAAAUGUGUUACUCCAUAAAGUAUCAAAGGAACAGUCAGUAGGCUAUGCAGCCAAAUAUGUGAUUUUUGCUUUUACUGAACGAUUCAUUGUAAUAUGCAUUAAAAAUUUCUGCUCUUUGUAAUGAACUGGAUAUAAAUAUUUCCAUAUAGGGUAGGUAAGAAAAAGCAAUUGUGUACAAAUUUUGGUCUGCUAAAAUCCUCAUAAAGAAAAAGAACGAUCACUUUGGUCAUUAACAUAACCAUCCAUUACUUUAAUGGCGUCAGCGAACAAUGAACUAGUGGUAGAAUUAUCUAACCUACCUGCUUCUGUUAUGGACUGCGGUGUCACGAACCACAGUAAUUUACAUUUGCUCAACGAACGCUCAAUUGGAAUGUCAUUUUGUUACCUUUGUGCUCAUUAAAUAUUCCUUUUCUGCUUUAAAUUCCCUACCAAAGUUAAUAGUAUUUUACCAUUUGAAUCAUCUGAUCACCCAUUUCUGUUAAACAAAAAAUUGACCCCAAACACACAAGCAAUCUAAGCACCUAAAGGUAAAUAAAAUAAAAAGCAGGAGAUAAAUGAGAGUUGAAACCAGGAACAGAGAUUCAAAGUUGCAUUACUACAACAGCGUGAGGAGGGUGUCGGACAUGGUUUGCGGCCCAAAGAGGGCAGGUCCACAUUUCCGGAUCGCCCUGCUGUGGUAGCCCAGGGCAACUGAUCUCAAUCACUUUAUUGCACGGCCGUAUUAUGUGCUUGCUGUGUAAAUACAUCCUGCGCCGUUUCACCACGUCUUGGGACACGAACUGUCCAAGUUUCUCCCAGUUUCCUCAGAUACUGCUAGGCAAGUAGAAAAUAUCAAAGCCACGAUUACUAUUUCAUAAAAAAUAACCUUCACAAUCAAAGCAACUAAAAAAAUCAAGCCAUAUAUCAUUCAGGUGUUUUAUUUCUUCAUUUAUUUUAUUUUAUUUUUCAUGAGACAGUCCAAUGCAAAACCAAAAACAGAUGGAUGGAUGGAUGAUCAGUUUUGGCUGGAAGAAGGGUAAUAUCAAGAACUACUGACUCUUCAGCAAUAAUCAAUUACAUUUUAAAUGAUAUAUUAUUGACGGUUAUUGUUAUCUAAAUUAUCCAUUUUCUUUUUUUUUGUAUUUUGAAGUGUUCAGAGGCGUUUAAACCGUUUAAGAGUAAAUAAUAUGAGUAAAAGAAUGACCAAGACUCAACUAAAAGCUUGUUAUAUUUAUGAAUAAUUUUAACUAGUAAGACAUUGGAUAAAAUAUUGUUGGUGUUGAAUUCUUUUUUUCCAGCCUUUCAGUGUCCCUCGUGUUAUUGCAAUGUUGAAACACCUCACCGCAAACGGCGCCAUUAGGGGACCCUGUCCUGCCCCGUUUUUAUGUAUGCCGGUGAACAUAUCUGUUGUAGAGAUUGGUCCAUUUCGUGUAAAUGACCCAGAUUAAUUAAUUAAUUAAUUAAUUAAUUAGCAAGUUUGCUUUUAGGUAAGUGCAGCCGUUAAAAUGGUCGCAAUAACGACUUUAAAUUUCAGCUUGCAACUAUCCGCUCCCUCUUGCGGUAGUAAGUGGAACAUACUGUAGUGUUCCGGUCUUACUCGUGAAGUUAUACACUAACCCCAUUUUUGAAAGACAUCGGGUGUAUUUAUUAUUAUUUUCUCUCGUAUCAUGACACAUAGCAGUGUUUAAUAAUAUAUUUCAGUUGAAAUACGUGCAUUUUUAAUAUUAAACAAACACUAGUAAGUCCACACAUUCGGUAUUAAUAAUAGUUUAUAUUUAUAUAUAAUUUUCUAUAAAUUCUCCCGUACUACUUUGCUAGAGGUUUGUGGGUCGUUGUGCCCUCCGGUGUAAGGGUGCAUAAACUACGACUUAAAAAGUACAGACUUCUUUGCCCCUCUGUAUGUCUCUUAUUCCACUUCCACGUGGUAUGGCAGUAGGUCCUGGGAUUGAAAAGGGGCCAUUGUACAGCAUGUCAGUAGCACAGUGUAUCCCUUGAGGCUCCGAGAGAUAUGCUCACCCGAGUGUGUCCUGACCGCCAUUGUUACGAAUUCUUAUCCAUUCACUAGCUUUUAAAUAGAGCUCGGGCAAAAGUACGCAAGUGAAGAGAGGAGGGACCACGAACAGGCGCGCUCUCACAUUGCCUGGUCUACAUAGAUCGCUGCCCAUAUUCACAGACAGAUUGGAAACGCCUUCUUUCUGUGACAUAGCCCCUUCAUCUUCCUGAAGUUCUGAACCCAAGAUCACUGGCCAGAUUGUUUUUACCCAUUAUACAAUAUAUUACAUAGUAAAAAAAAAAUGCCCUUAUAAUAAUCCGCAAUAGAUAUAUAUAGCACAUAUCAUAAUCAUUUAAUUGUUGCCAAUAUCAAAAUGAUACAUGCCGUUCAUGCGGAAACCAUUAAAAGAUUAUUUGUUAACAGCAUACAUGAGUAGGGAACAAAGGCUGCAAAGACAGCUAAGGAGAAAUUCUGAAGAUUUUUUUUAAGUAUAAUAAAAUGUCUAGACUUUAUAUUGCUUUAUUAAAUUAUAAGAUCAAUCAAACUAUCAGCGCAUUUGUUUUGCAGGCUAUUUUAUAUGAUCAUUGACUUUUGAUGUUUGGGUUUAGCUACAGGUAGCCGGUUCAAGCGCUUAGUCAUAAAAUAUAUCGUAUAAAGCACUAUGCUAGUGGAUAACCUUAAGAACCUACACACAGACAAUACGAAAGGCAAUUGGCCGUGCUGGUCUCUGUAGUAUAACUCGUUAAAUAUUGGUUUAUAAGUGGCGUGGCAUCUCAUAAAAGCGCUAGGUGGCGUGAGAGUGUGGGGGAGGGGAAUUAAUUAUCCAAAAAGUGAGAGAGAUGUUGUUCCUCGCUAUUUAAAUGCAAAUGUUAAGAGAGGACAAGAAGACUGUGUGUAUGUGUGUGUAUGUGUGUGUGUUGGGGGGUGGGGGGGGCAUGGUGGGUAAGUUGGGAGAAAGAGAGGACUUGUUGAGAAAAACAGCCACACAUACAUACACACGCGCACUCGCAAAUUCGCACGGCAGCAAUAGAUGUCGAUGGCAAAGCUGCUCUAUUACUCCUGAGCUUCAUCACAAUGGACAUGGUGCUGAUCCAUUACUGUAACUUCGCUUUAAAAGUCGAAAAAAACUUUUUGGCGAUAUAGGGGGUUCAUAGUGUGAUAGGAAAGAAACUUUUUGGGGACGCUAUUUGGAGUUGGUGCAGCGUGUGAAGUAUUGUGCUGGCUGAUGCCCCCUCUGCCUCGUGAAUCAUGUCUCGCCGGAAACAGAAACGGCCCCAGCAGCUCGUGAACUCGGUUCUCGGGAGCACGCGGAUACUGACGCAAGAUGAGCAGGUGGCCGUCAAGUCUCUGUCUGCCUUUCUAACGGCAGACUCUGCCUCCUCUCCACUGCUCGACAGCCAGCCUCCCCUAGCGCCCUGCCCCUCCCCUGGGGGCCUCCACAAUCCUUCCCUCCCCACUGAGAGCUUCCCUGCCUCCCGCUCUCCCAACCAGCCGGCCCCACACCCCGCCUCCCUGUCAGACGGUCCCUCCUCCCACUCCCCGGACAUCCCCUAUCCCUCACUGUCCUCGCAGGCCCGCUCCCCGACCCAGCACUCCUCCAGCCCGGCCUCCUCUUCCCAAAGCCAGGCCCGUUCCCUCAUGGCCUCCCCGAAGAUGGGGGUUUCUGCAACCACCACCACCUCCUCCUCGUCCUCCUCCUCCUCCUGUGUCCCCCCUCAUCCAGGCAGCCCCAGCCCGGUGCCCGAGGGCCCCCCCAGUCCGGUGACGCCCGCCCCCAGCCCAGGCGAGCCACCUCGUCCCCACCUGAGCAUCGCUGUUAUCCUGGAGGAGCUGCGGGUGCUGCAGCAGAGGCAGAUCUACCAGAUGCAGAUGACCGAGGAGAUCUGCAAGCAGGUGCUGCAGCUGGGCGGCGUGGCGUGUGGCCUGGACUCACCGCCGCUGCCCCAGCUCUGUUUGGAAGCUAGCGAUGGCGCUUCCGGGCCUCCCCUGCCCUUACCCACACAGCCCUCUGCGCCUCCCCUCCUAGCCUGCUUUCCCUCCCUUUUGCCCCAAUCUGUGUCCAAGGCCAAGGCCCCCCACCCUAUGUCACAUGUCCUGCGCCCGCUGAAGCCACAGUACGAAGCGGUGGGUGGCGCCGCUGUCCGCGCUUAUCCUGGAAACAUCACCCGGGCAUCCUCUUCAUCAUCCUCCGCCUUGUCCUCGUCGAUCUCCUCCUCCUCCUCGAGCUCCACGGCCACCACGUCAGCCUCCCACUACCCCCUCUCACUGGCCCUGGGGAUGCCCCCGCGGUACCUGCAUGAGAAGUCGCCCAACACCACCUCCGCCAGUGCAAGCGGCCUGCCCUUCUUUACCCCACCCCUGCCGGCCUCCACCUCGCUGCCAGGCCCCUCCCAAGAGCCCCAGCAGUCAGGGUCCGGGGGCCCUGCGGGCUCCUCGCUCGGGCGCCUGUCCCACGCCUGCCGAUUCUGCGGCAAGCUCUUCAGUAGUGACUCGUCCCUGCAGAUCCACCUGCGCUCGCACACUGGCGAGCGGCCCUACCAGUGCCCCGUGUGCCUCAGUCGCUUCACCACACGCGGCAACCUCAAGGUCCACUUCCUGCGGCACCGCGAGCAGAAUCCCGAGCUCUCCCUCUCCCUGCUGCCGCCCUCUCUGUUCGGGGCGGGUUCUGACCAGACCCAGACAGCCCCCAGCAUCCUGCCUGCUGUUCCCAGCGUGGCACAGAAGCGCAGGAAGCGCCGCAGUGAGGACGACGUGUUCGGGGAGGGCUCCGAGGGUGGCACACCGGUUGCUGGCUUCUCACUAGGCUCCACCCCCGGGGCCCGCCCACCCCCAGCCACGCUCCCCCUGCCGCCCAGUGUGGACCUGGCUCUGCUCUCCACAGCUCACUCCCUGCUGCAGCUCAACCGUGCAGCAGCUGCAGCAGCGGCGGCCGCCGCUGUUUCCUCCGGUUCAGGCCCUCCUUCCUCCUCCGCCUCCUCCUCCUCCUCCUCAACCAUAUCUUCAUCCUCCUCGAGUCCCCUGGCAUCCAUUGCCAGCUUGUACAAAGGAGCCAAGCGCUUCGAUGAGAACACGCCCCCGCACCCCGCUAUGCUGCCCCACUCCGCCUACUCCCAGCUGGCCCACCUCCCGAAGCUGCUCUUCCCCAGCGCCCCCUCCCAGCAUCACCACCCUGGCUUGGCCCUGCUCCGCCCCACCGGCCCACCCCCACCCGGGUCCCACAUCUCCGGGCCGCACCCCCAGCUCACUUUUCCCUUCUCCCCCUACCCCAAGGCCCAGACCUCCUCCUCCCCCUCUGCCUCUUCUUCCUCUGACACCUCCAAGCUGCAGAAGCUCGUGGAGAAGCUAGAAAAGGAGCCACAAAAGCUUCCGGAGGAAUCCCAGGCCUCAGGCUCCAGUGAGGCUGUGCCGAAUAGCACCACCACUGGCACUGGCUUCAGCAGUGGCCUCACCGUCACCACGGCAUCCAGCUUCAGCAGGGAGAUGAUGGCAGCUCUGGGUGUAGGUGGCGGCACUGGGGUGGGUGGCCUGGGCGUGGUGGGUGCUGGCCCACCCAACCUGGCGCCUAAUCAGUGCGGCACAUGCCUACGGGUGCUGAGCUGCCCUCGGGCUCUCAGGCUGCAUCAGGCCACCCACCUGGGUGAGCGCCCCUUCCCCUGCCGCCUCUGUGGCCGCUCCUUCUCCACCAAGGGCAACCUGCGUGCUCACCAGGCCACGCACCGGGCCCGCCCCCCAGCCCGCGCACACAACUCCUGCCCGCUCUGCCAGCGCAAGUUCACCAACGCCCUGGUGCUCCAGCACCACAUCCGCAUGCACCUGGGAGGCCAGCUACCACCAGGGGGAGUUGAUCCACCACCUGAAGGUUCCCCCCAGGCCGAGUCCCGUUUUUUUAGCGUUGGUGCUGGUGAGCUACUUGGUUCAGGACCCAUUGCCACCAGCAGUCAGUGUAUUGGUUCGAACCCCUUCUUGGGGGGUGGUGUCACACCUUUGUCUGUCAACAUCGCCCCGCUCUCUGCUGAGGGAUCAAACCACAGCCCUUCUGGGUCCUCCAGCCCUGAUCUAGUCCCCCCAGCCGACCUGAGUCCCGACCCCACCCUUAACCCAUCCGCUGACCCUGUUCCACUGGGCAGCUCUGAACCCCCAGUGCUGUCUGCCAGUGUGCCUGUCUCCAGCUCCAGAGUGCCCUCUAGUGAGGACUCCCAGGCAGAUCUAAAACCCAGCAUUGCUCCCACCCCGACGGGUCGCUCCAGUCCUGCGCCCAGCUCUCCUGCUAAGACCGUCCUGCAGAAGCAUAAUGAAGGAAGCGAGGCCACGCCCCCCAGGGGCACCAAGUCUAAACAGGAGGAUCCCCUUGACACCCCAGGCCCCAUUGUCACUCUGCCAAUCCUUCCCAGCAGCCGCAGCCCUCCUCCCGGCCCAUCACCAGACGCCAUGGACACUACCGGCAGUGAGCCCAAAUCAUGUGCUGAGAUCCGAGCCUCCCCACAUCCGCCCCUCCUUGGUCCUGCUGCAGCUCCAAAUGCUGAUCCACCGGAGCCAGCGGUGGAACCUCCUCUGGAACUUACCCUCAGUGGGACCCCAGUGCUAAAGGGUGACAAAGGGCUGGUGCCCGAACCGGAGGCUCCACCCACGGACGCAGUGUGCGUGGGACUCCCCAAAUCUCAGGGCGUCCUGGCACCGCCUGCCCCCUCCAGGAAGGAAGCCAGGGAGGGUAUCAUUCUCAACUCACCCCCCAGGGAUGACGGGGGGAGAUUCAAGGCCGUGGGGCCUGACGUCCAAAUCACCCCACCCUCUGCGCCGCGGCCACCUGAGAAGAAGACCUACUGCUGCUCCGAAUGCGGCAAGGAGUACGCAAGCCGUAGCGGGCUGAAGGGCCACAUGAAGCACCAUGGGGGGGUGGUGAAGACACCCCGCCAGGCAGCCCCUCGCCCUCCUCGUGUGGCCAGCUCAGCCUCUGCUGCCCCCACGCUCACCCCCACCACCGGCAGUCCCGUGAGCUUCUGGAACCAAUACCAAGCCUUCCUGACCAAUACCGGCGACCCGAAAGAGGAAACAGCUCCAGGCCCAGCCAAUGGGAGUCAAGGAGAAGAUGCCGAGAUGCCACGAUUGGCCGAGUCGCCCAACAAGCCUAAAUCUCGGGAGGAUUUGCAGAUUGUCUCAGAGGAGAACAGGAACGAGUCGGUUAGAGGGACUGAGCCUGAGGGGAUGUGAUGCCCCUGGAAAAGACUCUGCAUUCGAGAAAUUUGAUGUUAUUUUCAUUGAUUUUUGUUUCUAUUAACUGGACUAGUUGGUCCAAUAGUUAGGUGCUGUCUAAGUAAACCGACAAGCUAGUUUUAUUACAUAGUGAAUUGAUCAGCAUGGUUGUUGAAUCAUUUUGGAGAAAAGAAUGAUGAAAGAGGCGGAAGACACAGCAGAGCAAGGGAAGAGCAGGGAUCAGGCGACGCAAUUCAUGAUGAAGUAUUACUACACAACUAGAGACAAAAUGAAUUUAGACUCUUAGAUUACUUAGACCUUUACUGGGUUCCUGACACUUCGUUCUAUAAUCAGGGGAUUAAAAAAAGGGAUCUGUUUGAAAACAAUACGAAGCGGUCCAAACCACACCGACCUUACAGAGAAAGGCUUUUAUCCUGAUAUUUCCAGGCCCGGGUUCCCAGGGGAACUUUGUGGUUAAAUCUGGAGCGGGACGCUUAACCCUAAGUGCUCCGGUUAAACCCCCAGUUGUAUUUAAUGGGUAAACAGUCACUUUGCAUAAAAUCAAGCAGCAAAACAUGAAUAGCUACUAGGUAAGGUGCCUCUCGCUGUGCUUUGAAAAAUUGUGGUCAUUGUAAUGUGUAAAUAUGACCAGGGCCAAUGUUUCCUCACGUAUAACGUCGGGCUGUUAUAUUGACAUUGUGUUGUGUUUAUUUCCUUUGCCGGACAACCCAGCAACAUGACUGGUGUCUAUAACGAUGUGAGUGGUCUCCCAUUGAGGUGUCGAUGGUUUCUUGUUCAGUAUCCCAGGCACAGCGGUUUGAGUCUGCCGGCUGUCUGUCUAUCUGGCUGAGUUUAUGGAGGUCACAUCCGGUCCUGCUGUUACGGACUCUGGCUCACAUUCCGGACCUGAGGCGUCACCGCGGUUCUGACCGUGGCGGCCAUGGGGAGCGGUCUGGGCUCUUUUCCUGACGCCUGACGCGCCUGUGUGAAAAACGGACGAGCGAGGGACAGUUUAGUGGUGGAGCAACAAAGGCGACGUUGUCCACAUAUUGUCUUUGCCUGCGACUUCCUGUGUCUUGUCCUUGUGCGGUUUUCCCGGUUCGUUCCGUAGUGACGUUGUUUCCCUGUGUUUUAGCUUCCCUCAAACGCUAUUUUUUUUUUUGUUUGUUAAAAAAAAAACUCAGACAUAUUUUCCAUCCUGUGACUUGUAUUAUCAAGGUAUGUUUAAUGUUCAUCAAGAAGAAGAAUAAAACAGUAAUAUUCA